GGUGGUGUCCAUGUCCUGCUCCAGUCUGGAUGCUCUGUUCCUGACAGUUCUGAGCUCCAGACUGCAAAGACUUGGAAAGAGAAGGCUCUUCCCUUCCAGAGAAGGGUCUGGAACUUUUUUGUUGGGACAUUUCCCCUUACCAAAAUCAGAUCUCUUGGGAGGGGGAGGCAGGUUUCCAGGAUGGUUUACGCAGGUGGCAUUGGCAAUUCCAGCUGUUCCAGUGAGUCUGGGAUCUCUGGGAUCUGAUGGAGGGACAAGUCCUUACAGUGGGUGUGUGUGAGACUUUCUAAGGGAGGCACGGAGUGUUCAGAGUCCUCAGGCUGCUGCUGCCCCAUGAUUCUCGUUCCCAGGAUGAAGCCCUUUUCCAGGGCCGCCUGUUGAGCUGCAGGGUGUGAGGGGAAGGUUUUCCAGCCAGAAGAGGGAAUGCUUUCCAUACAUUUACUUCUUUCAGCCCAUUAUCUGCCCCUGUCCCCCUCCUCCUGCUCUGGCUCGCUCUCCCCUCCCGGUGUUUCGGUGCUGAUGGGGUUGUACGUGCCAGUCCCCAUGAGGAUCCCAUUCCAGACACUCAUCCUCCUUUAGAAAACAUCCAAAGUCAAGGCCGUGCAUCCCUAGGAGCGAGUGCAACAGCUUCGAUUUUUGCACGUUUCCAAAACGAGCUGCAGACCCAAAAAUAGAACAAAGAAAAGUUUCUUUGCCACCUCCCUCGCUCCUCUGCAGCGCGACAGCCCCGGGGCGGCUCAGGGGAGGCGGUUGUGCCUCGGCCACUCAAGGCCACCCUGGUUAAAAGGGAGACGCCGUCCUCCCUCUUCCUGCCGAGGGCUUGGGAUGCGUGAGCUGCUCCAGGGAAGAGCCGAGGUGGGACCAUGAGCGCUCUCAGGGGGCUCCUGCUGUGCCUGCUGCUGCUGCUCCCCUCUGCAGCUCUGCCCAGGAAAGGGGAAAGGGAUUCCCUGAUGGAGCUGAGUCUGCUGGAAGAGCUGGGGCUGGAAGCAGAAGGGAGAAAGGUGGGAAAUGGAAGUUUACAGGAGACACCCAGGUCCAGGAGGGCUGCUGCUACUCGCCUCUUCUCCAAGCCUGAGCCGGGAGCCGAGUGUCCCCCGGCUGAGGAGGGGGGCCCGGGCUGGUCCCGCUCUAGCCCGCAGCCCUGGCCCCUCGGGGGCCUGGAAGGGCCCGUGUGCAGGGUGAGGAUGGAGCAGGACGGGGCCACCCCGAGGCACCUGGAGGUGAUGGGUGUGCUCAGCCACUACGAGAGCAGCUUCAUCAAACUGCUGAGACGGCGCCGGAGCUGGGACGGGAACUUCCCGGGGACCUUCGGGCUGUGCCGGGCCGGGGAGGCGGCGGCUGCUCCUCAUCCCCUGCAGAGGAUCCACGAGCACGUGCUGGAGCCGGGGCGGGAGAGAUUCCUCGUCCUGCACCUGGAGGAAGUGCAGUGGGAAGCGCAGGUGAAGCUGCGGUUCCAGCUGGUUUUCCAGGCGGAGGUGGGACGGGCUCUGGGAGAGCUGCAGGCGGCCGUGAUGCUCUUCUACCUGGGCCGCCGGGAGGGCCGGGGCUCCGGGCCCCCGCAGGAGCUGCUGCUCACCGGCCCGGGGCUGGAGCGGGACCAGAGGCUCUGCCUCUCCAGGGACACGCAGUACCUGGCCCUGGCAGCCGCCGCAGCCUCGGUCACCCGCAGCGCGGAGCGGCUCCGCUUCUCGGCUUCCCUGGCCAUCCACGGCGGAGCGGGAGCUGGUGCCCCCCUGCCCCGCACGGAGGUGCAGCAGCUCCUGUUCGGCUCCGAUGACAAAUGUUUCACCCGGAUGACCCCGGUGCUGCUGCUGCUGGCCAAGUCACGGCAGCAGGAGGAGGAAGAGGAGGAAGAGGACGCUUUGGCCCCAUCCUCCUACCAAUCUGCUGAGGGGGUGCUGGACAUGGCUCCGUACCCACAGCUCAGCCCACCCCAGGCCGGGACCGAGGAGCUGCCGACCCCCACUGCCCCGAGCCAAGCCAACACUUCAUCCCCAGCGCCCGGGGGCAGCGCCCAGUUCCUGGCAAUCCUGACCCGCUUCAUCCGGCAGCUGCUGAGCUCCUCCAGCGAGCCGCCCCCCCAGCCCAGUGCCCACCACUGGCUGGACUUCGAGGCGAUGGAGACCCUCCCUCACCAGCUGCUCAACCUGUCGGAGGAGGCGGCGCUGGAGCGGCUGGUGCAGUCGGAGGAGCCCUCGGUGCUGCUGCUGGCCCAGGACAGCGGGGCCGUGCUGGAGCAGCACCUGGGGGACUGGCAGCCGGAGGGCACCGUGCUGCAGCUGCUGAUGGGCAAACUGCAGCUGGUCAUCCAGGAGCUCAGGGACAUCCCGGCUUUCCAAGCCAACGCGGCGCUUUUCCAGCACCUGCUAACCUUCUGCUAUUACCCAGCAGAGCCGGGGCAGGCCGAGGCGGCCGAGCGGGGCCCGGGUUCGCGGAAGCUCCGCACGCUGCUGCUGCUGAAGGCGCUGCAGUCGGUGCGGGCGCGCUGGCAGGAGCGCAGGAAGGUUCAGCGGCAGAACCGCAGCGCUCGGCACCAGGCGCACUGCCGGCUGCAGGAGCUCACCAUCGACCUCCGCGACCGCCACUUCAUCGUCAUGCCCACCGUGUACGCGGCCAACAACUGCGAGGGGCCCUGCCGGCUGCCGCUGUCCACGCGCGUCCCCAGCUACUUCUCGCACACGGUGCUGCUGCUGGGCAUGCAGGAGCGGGGCUCGCCGCUGCGCAGGGCUCCCUGCUGCGUGCCCGUGCGCUACUCGGACCAGCUCAUCAUCAGCCUCUCCUCGGACGGGCUGGAGAUCCGCAAGUUCCCCAACAUGGUGGCAGAGGAGUGCGGCUGCCGGUGAGGCUCCCGCCGGCCUCCCCGCUCGCCCCACCCCGGCCCCUCUCCCGGUUUGCCCUCCCGGCUCGGGAUCUGGUGCUUCUGGCCGAGACGGGAGCUCCCGUGUGUCCUUUCCCCACGGUUUGGCUCGUUAGCGUCGCUCUGGUUCUGGGUUCAUCCACGCCUGUCCCUGGGGCUGCUCCGUGCUCCACUGGGGCCGUCCCCGCUCCAGCUGCUGAGGAUGCCCGAGGUGCCCGCGGGCUCUGACUCCGGUUUGGGCUGGGCUCGGGCACGGCAAAGCUUGGCCGAUCCAAGCACUCAUUUCUCCCUCACUCUCUGCCCCUGCAGUGGCUGGGAAGGGCAGGUGCUGAUUCCUCCAAGCCCUGCAGCAUCCUCUGGCCAUCCCCAGCCCACUGCCCAUCACGAGACCGCCCUGGCCCCACGGCUCCAGCUGUGACAGCAGAGCAAGAGAGGCCAAAUCCCCUCGCAGAGAGCCUUGCCCUGGGGACACGUCUCUGUGAGCCGGGCCCUGAGGAGCCGCCGGCCGUGUCCUGGGGCUCCCGGCCAGGUCACAUCUGCGUCACCCCGCGCUGACCCCGCGGCAGGGGCGAGGGGAGGAGGGAGGGAGCGAUCCCGUUACACCUCCCGGGCUGCUCGCACCAUUAAUGGGAGAGGGAGCAAACGGCUGCCAGAGCACCUGCUCAGCGUCCCCGCCGGCGUCAGCACGGGCCGCCUGCCCCAGAUCAUCUUCCAGCUGAGCCCAGCCCUCAGCCGGGGAUCCAAACCCUUGGGAAGCAGCUCCUGGGCUUGUCCUGCCUGCUCCUCCUCGGGUUUUGCAGUGUCCCCACGGGGAGGCGCGGCUGGAGGGUGGUACCCCCCAGUCCCAUCUCACAGCCCUGCAGGAUUAGCCCUGAGCCCCGCGGGUUUGGGGGGCACAGAAAACACACACACACAACCAGGGACAAAACAUAACCAGGGCACGUGACAAGGGCUUUUCUCGUUUUCCUCUCCUUUUUUUCCCUAUUUUUUUAAACAUCCAGUUGAAUGCCUUAUUAAAAAUGAAAAUAGUUUAUUUUAACCACUGUUGAUUUAGCAAAUAGUGAAACCUGCCAUGGGUCGGGGCUGUGAACAUCUCUGGCUGUGUGAUAUUGCUCUUGUGUUUCCUUCCUAAAAGCGACUCGGAGAAGGUGAGGCCCACAGGGAUCCCUGGGUGAGGGGCUCCAGCCCUGCUCUGUCACCAGCUCGUUCUGGACCACCCUGCAGCGAUGGCUCUGGGCUCGGUCAGGGGUUCUGUCCCUGAUGUCCCUCUGAGGACGGCUGCAGCCUGGUUCCAUAACCCAGAAUAGUCUUCUCUCUUGAUUUGCUUUCAAUAAAACCAUUAACCCAAGA